AGAUCAGCCGAUGAUCAGAUGACUGAAAGGGAGAAACUAUUUAAAACUCUACAUGACACGCUUGGCGCAAGUUAAUACAUUUCUCCAGCGGCGCUUUCAGAGGCGCGCACCAAAACGCAGCGCCGGCUCCGCAGCUCUUUGUUACCGCUGGAUCUAAACCCUCUCGUCCACUUACUUACAGUAUUCACCAGUAACACCGCAAUUCCCUUUGUAUUGUCAAGAGGCGUUUAAUUCAUCCACGCUCGCUGGUGUCUAAGAAAUGAAUCAUAAAGCAUGUUUACUAUGGAUUCUCCUACAUUCUGCCGCUGCGCUCUUUUCGUCGGCUCUUGGGGAAAACGCAGUUCUCAAAGAUGCAGACAGUGGAAUGGAUGAACUGCCAACAGAGAGCAACGCUCCCAAAGGCUUGGUCAAGUACAACAUGAGGAAGGGUUUAGAUCUGGACCAAGAAGGCUGCUACCUGCAAACGGGCAAGAAGACGUGUCUGGAGGAGUGCAGCUUCAACGCUACAGCCAAGACCAUCUUCAUCAUCCACGGCUGGACGAUGAGCGGGAUGUUCGAAAGCUGGAUGCACAAGCUGGUUUCGGCCGUGAUGCAGCGUGAACGUGAGGCGAACGUGAUCAUCGUGGACUGGCUGGUAAUGGCUCAGCAGCUCUAUCCCGACGCAGUGAACCACACUCGCGCCAUCGGCCACGACAUCGCCAACAUGCUCAACUGGCUCCAGGACGAGCAGCAGCUGCCGCUCCAGAACGUGCACCUGAUUGGCUACAGCCUGGGCGCUCACGUAGCGGGCUACGCCGGGACAUACGUCCGAGGCACCAUCGGCAGAAUCACUGGCCUGGACCCGGCCGGACCCAUGUUCGAAGGCGUCGAGGACGAGUGGCGCCUCUCCCCAGAUGACGCCGACUUCGUCGACGUUCUGCACACGUACACGCGGGAAGCUCUGGGUGUGAGCAUCGGGAUUCAGCAGCCCAUUGGAGACAUCGACAUCUACCCCAACGGCGGCGACGUGCAGCCCGGCUGUGCGUUCGGCGAGGUCCUGGCGGUCGCCAGCAAUUUCAUGGAGGUGAUGAAGUGCGAGCACGAGCGAGCUGUGCACCUGUUCGUGGACUCGCUGAUGAACAAGGACCACAUGAGCUUCGCCUACCAGUGCACGGGCCCCGACCGCUUCAAGAAGGGCAUCUGCCUCAGCUGCCGCAAAAACCGCUGCAACAACAUCGGCUACAACGCCAGGAAAAUGCGCAAGAGGCGCAACAGCAAGAUGUACCUGAAGACGCGAGCCGUCACUCCCUUUGGAGGUUAUCACUACCAGAUGAAGAUGCAUGUGUUCAACAGGAAACAGUCAGACAAUGCAGAUCCCACCUUCUACGUCCAGUUGUAUGGGGGCCAUAAUGAUACAUCAAACAUAUUUGUUGAUGUCCAGCGGGACAGCGUUGGCCUGAACCUGACCAACACCUUCCUGGUGUUUACUGAGGAGGACAUUGGGGACCUGCUGAAGAUCCGUCUGAGUUGGGAGGGAGACGCUGAAUCUUGGCACUCUUUCUGGAAAAACGUCAAAAAUAACUUGUGGUCUUGGAACUCAACGCCUUCUAAACCUGUCCUCGAAGUUCGGCGAAUUCGCGUGAAAGCUGGAGAAACGCAAAAGAAGUUUACGUUCUGUGCAGAGGACUCCUCAAAAACUGAAAUCUCACCAGGGGAGUCCAUAACUUUUGUCAAAUGUCGUGACGGUUGGGAAGUAAAGCCAAGAAAACGGUUGCCCAUGUAACAGCACUUUGAAGAAAACUAAAGAAAGCGGCGCACCGUCACCGCCGGGGCCCAGCGUGGGUCGGUGAGAGCAGCGCCUUCUCUUGGAGCACUUUUUGUUGGAGGAUUGAACAGCGCACAAAGGGAAGGGGCUCCGGGUCUCGGGCUCUGGAGGGUUUCCACUGGACUCGGAGGCAGGGGUUCUGUCGAGGGCCCUGGAAACCGUCCCGCAGGCUGGAAGCAGUGACACGUCGGCGUGUUGAGAUUGCCUUAAGCGUUACAGAACAUCUGUGUGGGAAAGUGAAGUAGACUCUGUGCCAGUGGACGUACACCAGAAGUUGUAGGCACUGUACUGUAUUUUAAAAUCUUUAUUUAUAACAUAUGGAAGCACUGCAAGACCAACGUUUAUUUAUCGGAACGCAUCCCUUGAAGUGUAGGUUGAAUGACAUUUCUCCUGGAGUGUGUGUGAUUGUGUGUGUGGUUGUGUAGGUUAAAUGGGUCUUUGUGCUGAGAGAUUACUGAAACGCUGCAGCUGAUGGUUCUUAAUGUCAUUGUGUGCAGAGUGUUAGUGUACAUGGUUCAUAUUGGGGUGUGUCUAUGUACAUAUUGUAAAUAAGCUUUUGGACAAAUAAAUUCACCUGUUAUUUGUAAUAA